UCUAUUUCGUGCAUCGCAUGCAUGCGGAAAUUCUUGUUCGAUCGAUCGAGGGUGCUGAAUUCGUCUCGUCUUUAAUAUUUUUGUAAAUUCAUUAUCGUUAGGAUUACAACUAGACACAUUUCUUCCAUCAUGGGCGAGGUUAAACAAAUUGAGAGCGUGGAGGACUGUGCCUCUUUCUUGGAACACAAUAGCUUAGCGGUUAUAGAUUUCUAUGCAGAUUGGUGUGGACCUUGUAAGAUGAUUGCACCAAAGGUUAAGGAACUUGCACUUGCAAAUGCUAGUGUGAAAUUUGGCAAAGUGAAUGUAGAUGAUGCAGAGGAAGUAGCCCAAAAGUAUGAAGUCAGUGCCAUGCCUACAUUUAUAUUGUUCAAGGAUGGAAAGAAGUUCGAUACCAUAGUAGGAGCAAACGAGGCAAAACUGAGGGAAGGAGUUGAAAAACUCCUUAAAUAGCUGGAUCCCAGAUCAUAGACCGUGCUGCAACACACGUUCAAUUUGCCUUUCCUUUCACGUGAAGCCAUGUGUUUUUUCUAUCUCCCCAAUUUCAUGGAGUCCUUGUCGUCAAAUGGUCUAAGCUACAUAAAGCCGACUGAUGAUUGUGGCCGCAAAUAAGUACGUUUUAAUCUGCUUCAAGUCCAGAAAAUGUAUGAUCUUGUAGUAUCUUCUACAUGUAAUUUAGAAAAAAAAUAGAUUGAACAUAAUAAUGGUAGACUUCAAGAAGGUUUUUGACAUUUGUUGCUUCUAUUUAUGAGUAAGGGACUCGAGUUGUUUGUGUGAUUUGUCUUAUUAUUUUCUGGAAGCACAAGUGAUAGCUGGCAUCCUUCUCAUGCACUUUGUGAUGAGUCACCUUCAUAAAAUAGUGGAGUUUGACAGAGGUUCGCACUAUGUGAGGUCUCUCUCACAAUUGCAUCUCGAAAAGUAAUCAGUGACAAAUCACACAGUCACCAUAUCUCGUCCCUGUAACUUGGCAUAUAUUUAACUUAAAUUGUACUUUCAUCUUUUAUAGUGUGAUUUCCUGUCACUUGUUGUGAGAUGUGUAUUUGACUUGUUUCGUACAUUUACGUUUUCUCAUGCAUCCCCCCUCCCCUUCAUUAAUCCACUCACAAUACAUGUAUAACAAAAACAUCGAUAAAAUACGAUUUUGAAAAUGAACAAUAUUAAAGUGCCUUUUGAGUCGCUUGAUUGAUUUUAGUUGCAUUGUUGUUCAUGAAUAAGUUUUGCUUUCAUGUAGGAAAAAUAAAAUUUCAUUUUCUGGAAUGUAAAUUUGAGAGCCUAGUAUAAAUCAAGAUGGGUAAUUAUUUUCUUCACUCAGCAUGACUUUAAUAGUCUUUAUCAUGUUGUUUUAAGAGUGAUGAGGCAUACAGUUUAUAUCCUUGGUUAAUAAAGUCCUGGGGCUGAUUGCACGAAAGGAUCUUUCCAAGGACCGUCUUUCGUGUCGCCCAUCUUUUAUGAUACGCUAUAAGCGGGGGUGUUUCUGAAAUUUAUGAUAAGAAUACGAUUCGUUAGCUUGCUUUUAAAUCAAAUUUUAUACAAUUUCAUGAUAAAUCACAUCAUCUUAUAAACAAAUAUUUCGUUUAUUUUAACGGACGAAUGAAAUAUGUUUGCAGAUGAUUUAUUUAAAAUGCGUUUCACAUGGCGCAUCAUAAAAGAUGGGCGACACGAAAGACGGUCCUUGCAAAGACCCUUUCGUGCAAUUGGUCCCAGCGCACAAGGGUCUUACUAUUAAAUUCUUUUCCAUUGCAUUGAGUGAGCAGCAUUACACACACAAAUUGUGCAGCUGUACCGUAAUUGAGUAAAUUUUAUUGAAGCUAUCUCAGGUUAUGAUGUAAUAAUGAAAAAGACAGAAACUUAGUGACUACAUGUCUAUUCUGUUUCUCUCUUGUAUUUUUGUUUUUGUUUUGUUUUGACGUGUAUUUCAAUGUGUGAUAUCUUUUGACUCACAAGACCCUCAAUUUUUUCCAUUUUCAUUCUAACAUGUAGAAUGCAGCAUUGAUCUAUAUACAGGGAUUUGAUACCAGCAUUACCUACAUGUAUGAAAAAAGGACAUGUCCAAAGGAUGUUCUAUCCAGUUCAUUUUCCAAAAUCUUUAUUGCUGAUUGUGUAUCACAAUUUAUUGAUAAAAUAACAAAUUGUUCAUAUAAACUUUUAAUAAAGAGGUGAAGUACAUAAAAAGUGAAAUAGCUAGAAAUCUUCAUAAAACCAUUGUCAGAUUUGUAUAUCAUUUUUACUGUUAUAGUAAUCUGAUCUACAGUGUAUAUCUCCAUAUCAAAUGCAGUUAAUAUUUAUAUUAUUACAUGUAUAGCCAAUAUAAAAAGAAUAGAACUAUUCAGUAGCAACUUUACACAUUUGUGCCAUCCACAAAAUCAAUGUUUGUAACAAUCCUCGAUAAAAGUCCUUGUGAAUUUGGCAUUAAUUUAUUGUAAUUAUGUUUUGUACAUGUAACUUUCGUUUUGAUAUCCUAUUCCUAACAUUGCAAAUCACAAGCCAAAUUUCAUAUUUCAAUUGCUUUCAAAUAGUGUGUUGGUGAUUUUGUUUAGAUUCACGCGAUGUUCUAUUUUUUUAUAUGUCACUUGAUUAUCUAUUCCAGUGAAUGAUCCUCUCAAACAUGAAAAAUGGGAUUUGUUGUGAGUGUAGUAAAUGUAGGCAAUUUCUAACAUAA